GCGCUGUCUUGCGGGUCCUUUUUAGUGGUCACUUUAGCGUGGCAUUCCAUUCCAAGCUUUGGCUUCUCCAAAAGCGGUGCCUUUUUUCCUUUGGCUUCAUCGGUUGCACCGACGGAGCUCUGAGGAGAGGGAGAAAGCUUCAAGAUGAGCAGCAGAGGGUUUCUGGGAAAUCAUGGUGCUGUGGAGGAAUCAAAGGAUGAGCUUUGUUUUUCGUAGAUGAAACUGAGGACCACAGGAAGCUCUACAACAACUUUUAUUCCUAUGGGACAUUAUGGUAGUCCUGAAUACCAUGGCCUUGGUGAAGGAGCUCCUAGGGUAGAUAAUUCUCAUAAGGUCUCAAUCAUACCUCUAGUCUUCUUGAUUUUUUAUGAGGUAUCUGGUGGUCCAUUCGGGAUUGAGGAUAGUGUUCAGGCAGCUGGUCCACUUUUAGCCAUUCUUGGAUUUCUGGUUUUCCCACUCAUAUGGAGCAUUCCAGAGGCUCUUAUCACUGCCGAGCUGGGCACCAUGUUCCCAGAAAAUGGGGGAUAUGUUGUUUGGGUCUCAUCAUCUCUGGGUCCAUUCUGGGGUUUUCAACAAGGCUGGAUGAAAUGGCUUAGUGGUGUUAUAGACAAUGCCCUUUACCCUGUUCUCUUUUUAGACUACCUCAAGGCAAGUUAUCAUAUUUUCGAGGGCGGUCUUCCAAGGACUUUGGCUGUGUUAAUCUUGACUGUUGCAUUGACUUACAUGAAUUAUAGAGGUUUGACUAUAGUUGGCUGGGUAGCUGUUUUUUUGGGUGUGUUCUCAAUCCUCCCCUUCAUUGUUAUGGGGUUUGUGAGCAUACCAAAAUUAAAACCUUCGAGAUGGUUGGUUGUUGAUAGUCACAAUAUUGACUGGAAUUUGUACUUGAAUACUCUUUUCUGGAACUUAAAUUAUUGGGAUUCAAUUAGUACUUUAGUAGGUGAAGUUCAGAACCCAAAAAGAACUUUGCCAAAGGCACUCUUCUAUGCACUAAUUUUGGUGGUUGCUGCAUACCUGUUCCCGCUACUUACUGGCACUGGAGCUAUUCCUCUUGAGAGAGAACUGUGGGAAGAUGGUUAUUUUUCUACCAUUGCAAUGAUUCUUGGUGGAUCAUGGUUGAGGUCAUGGCUGCAAGGAGCGUCGGCAUUAUCCAAUAUGGGAAUGUUUGUUGCAGAAAUGAGCAGUGACUCUUAUCAACUUCUUGGAAUGGCGGAAAGGGGGAUGCUCCCUGCGUUUUUUAGCAAGAGAUCCCGCUAUGGAACUCCUCUUGUGGGGAUCUUGUUCUCUGCUUCCGGUGUGAUUUUGCUGUCCUGGAUGAGCUUUCAAGAGAUUGUUGCAGCAGAAAAUUUUCUGUACUGUUUUGGGAUGCUAUUGGAAUUUAUAGCUUUUAUAAGGUUACGGAUUACACACCCAACAGCUCCUCGGCCUUAUAAGAUACCCGUCAGUACAACAGGUGCCAUUUUGAUGCUCAUUCCUCCUACUGUUCUAAUCUGUGUGGUUCUGGCUUUUGCUUCUUUGAAAGUCAUGAUUGUGAGUCUCGUUGCAGUAUGUUUUGGAUUUCUAUUGCAACCAUCUCUGAAAUAUGUGGAUAAGAGGCAAUGGUUGAGGUUUUCUGUCAGCCCUGAUCUUCCUGAUUUCACUGUAACGGACGAUGAGAAUAUUAUUGACCCUAUGAUGUAAUGAACAUGCAGCAGAUUCAGUGAAGACACUGUUCCUUGCAUGUCUGGUGAUAUCCUGCCCAGAAUAUCUUCCAGGACUUGAAUCCAUGAAACUGAUGCCAGAGUUGAUUUGUUAAAAGUUACUGCUGGUUCUGGAUGAUUAGGUUCUCACAUUACUCUGGCCUUACAUUUCCUUCUUGUUACACAAAUACUUCUUCUGCAAGUUAGAAUACAUUAUUUUCAAUUAUCAUUGCUUAUGGUUUCUUUGGCA